AUGGCACAGUUAGAUAUCAGCCAUGCAAGUACUACAACAAAAAACACCAAUCAACACCAUUGCAACCCAAGCACCACCACCACCGCCUGCCGGCGCUUCGUCGGGGUCCGGCAAAGGCCAUCAGGCAGAUGGGUUGCCGAAAUCAAAGACUCAUCUCAACAUGUCCGGCUUUGGCUCGGCACCUUCGACUCACCGGAGGACGCUGCCCGUGCCUACGACGACGCCGCCCGGGCUUUACGUGGAGAUAAUGCACGUACUAACUUCUCUCCGGCUACUAAUUUCUCCGGCGACCAUGCCUUCUCCCAACUCCGAUCAAAAUUGAGCAAGAACAUCAUGCAACAUGCAAAAAUUUCAUCUCUUCAUCAUCAACAUCAUCAAUAUUUUAUGCCUGGUGAAACAAGGGUGAGUGACCAAUUCACUUUUGCUAGCAUUUUUCACCAUGAGAGCCGAGACUUUCAUCGGUUUUUCGUCGAUGAAAAUGAGGUGCAACCGAGCUUUGUUGUUCCUGAUUCUGUUGAGAUUAAUGGCCAUGAACAUUUUGGUUUGAUGAGAAAGAAGAGGAGUAGAGAUGAUGAUGGAAGAUAUAAACGUCCUUGGCUUCCUCCAAAGGAUGAGAAGCUUAAUUUUCUUGUUUAG